UAUGAAUGCCCACCGUCGAACACGGGCGCGUGCGCGCCCACAGACUCGUUAUUAUGAUGUUUGGUCGUUAGGAGCCACCGGACGCUGGUCGGAGCCGGAGCCGGUGCUGCGGUGAGCAGCCGCACUUGAUUAACUGGGAAUGUUUUGGUAGCGGCGAGUGGAGCGGUGUGCGUAUCUGUGUGUUUUAAUAAUAAUCACGUUAGUGGGUCAACUACAAACCGAGCAGCGCCGCUGUCUGCCACCGGAGCUGCCGCACACCGACACCUGAACCCUACAGCGCCCGCCCGGCGAGGAACGUUGCCGGGGGCCACCGGUCACUCAGGAUGCCCUUGUGAGAGUGGGAGGGGCUAACUGGCCCUAAGUUGGUGGUGGUUAGGAGAGGGCGGAGUCACGGCCCUUUGUCCCUCCCCUCUCCCCUCUCCCCCUCCUCGUUCCUGUGACUGCAAACGGCUGGACGGACCAACGGGCGUGGCUCUCCCCUCCUGUUCCUCCCCUCUCUCCCCCGGUCUCUCCACCUGUCUCCUCCCCCUCCUCUCCCUGCCCUGCCUCCCCCCUGUCCCCCACCACCAUGCUGUGGUCGCGCUGCUGGUGGAGAACCUGAGGACGUAGACUCUGGAGGGCGACCCUGCUCAGCCGCGGGACGUCUACCUGUCCCUGCUGGACCCAAACACCCUCGCAGAGUGCUGCCCCCCUGAUGGCUUGAUGCCUGAGAGCAGCUACUGGCAGCUCUGCCCUCCCUCAAAGUCCGGCCUGCAGGGGGGGUUGCUGAGCUCUAGUUUCCCCCCCGGGCCUGUGCCGCUGGUGCCGCCUGAUGCUCACCUGCAGGAAGGGGUGGACCCCCUGGUCCGGACGCCGUCUCAGCUGCCGCAGCAGCAGCUGCAGCAUCGCCCCCUGGUGCCCAGCACCUCUGCAUCGGAGCUGACCCUCCCUGGAGCUGCGGCGGCGACGACGGCGGCAGCACCUCCCGCCCCCGGCCUCCCUCCGCCUCCGCCACCGCCCCCCAAACGCCAUUGCCGCUCACUGUCCGUGCCCGAGGACCUGUCGCGCUGCCGCUACACCUGGCGGCCCAGCGCUUCACGGGUCUGGACUCCUGUCAGCCGCCAGCAGUGCCACGGCGGGAUAGGAGGAGGUGUUACAGGCAUGGGGGCGGGGGUGGGAGGAGGGGUUAUAGGGACAGGUGUAGCAGGGGGCGGAGCCUGUCCACUCCGCGCACCCAGCUCGUCUCUGAACUCGUCGCUGCACUCGUCGUCCAGCCCCACCUUCUUCAGCCUGGCGCUGUCUCCAGACUCUCCCCUGCCCUGGAGUUUCCCCUGGGAUCCCAGCGAGGCGGCGGCAGGGGGAGGAGCCUGCUGCUGCUUCUUCCCCUCCCCCUCCUCCUGCUCCUCCUCACCCUCCCCCCUCCACCCGCCUCCCCCACCUCAGCGACGUUUCUCUCUCUCUCCCGUGCUCAUCAGAGACUCGGCAGCCUCCACCUUCCUGCCUCCCCCUCCUGUGCCGAGUCAGGCGGCGGCGGCAGCUCCUCCCCUGGGCGGAGUUUCCGCCACUGUCAGGGCGACCUCGAGAGGCCCGGUGCCCGCCUCGCCCUCCUCGGCCUGCAGCACACCGUCGUCGCUGCGUCGCAGCCUCCCGCCACAGCUGCCACGCUGCCACUCUCAGCCAUGUGACCUGCUGCUGCUGAAACCAGGUCUGAAGAGACGCCGAGAUCCAGACCGACCGUGUGCCCGACCUGUCCUGGACUUCACCAAGAUGACUCAGACACGCAGCAUCGACCCUCAGUGUCUGGAGCGCAGUGGCGGCAGGUUGGCGUGCGGCGGUGACAUGUGCAUGGGCGACUUCCGGCGCUCGUGCUCUCCGGCCGAGUGUCUGGGCAGGACCAGUAUCGGGCCGCUGAGCGAGAGCGAUGAGGAAUGUCGCGAGGACGAGGACGAGGACGACGGCGAGGAGGACGCGGACGAGCGCGAGGCGGCGCAGCAGGCAGUGUUUGAGCGAGACUGUACAGAACUGGACUUGAACUUAAUAGAAGAAAACUGACGACUUUGUAAAUGAAGGCUGUACUCUGUUUCCCCUUUUUAUAGUUUAGUUUUAUUUUGAAAGGAUCAGACCCCGCCCCUCCUCCCCACUUCCUGGACACCCUGGUCUCAACACUCGCCGCUUCUUUGCCACCAAUCAGCGAAGCUCUCAGGAAAAAAAACACCUCCUCAUCAGAUGAGCAGCGGUAAAAGAAGCCGACUGAACACGACAGUGAUGAUGUGACUACGCCGCACGCCGGUCGCCGUAAACCGCGUUCGCCACAGUGACGGGAAACCGGGGACACAGAUUUUCCUGCGACUGGACUCAGACCGUGGUGUUUUCCCGCCACUUCAUGGCGUCCAAGUGUCUUCCAGCACGUACCGACCGACUAACGCGUCGCCGCUAACCUGACGCAUCCACGCCGUGCCUGGCAACCAGGUUGAAAGGGUCAGUUCAUCCAAAAUCAAGUUUAACUACAAACAAAUCCACGUUGUCGUCAAAAACUUCGUACUGUCGUCGCGUUGACGGAUAUUUUGAUUUGUAACAAAUGAUCUGUUUUUUCACAGUCGAUAUCCCAGGAUUUAUAGAAUAAUUCUACUUUUCUUUCACCAGUGUUCGUUGACAAUAAUCGCAAUACCGACACUAAGAAAUCGUACCUGCCUGUCCCCAAUGCUAAGCUAACUGCCCUCAAAAUAAAGCAGGUACUAGCACUAACGUGUUCUCUCUCUCGGCCACGCCCCCCUCCUCCUCACAAGAAUCAUGACAUUGUGGAGUCGCGUCGUUUGGAGUGAACUGAUUUUAUGAAGUGACGCAAUGAAAGUGACCUCGGAGUUGUGAUGCGUUCAGGUUCACCGGUGCGGUGUCAUCAGGUUCCACUGAGCGCAGGAAGCCACUGAUGCUGUCGAUGGACCGAGUGUUCGCACAUUCCAGACACGCACACACCCGUCACCAUGACAACAACCCACUCUCUGUGUGUGUGUGUGUGUGUGUGUGUGUGUGUCUCCAUUGAUUAUGUAAGAGAGUAAAUACUAUCGGCUGAUUUCUUUACGAUUAUCCCGACCAAAAUAAGUGCGACAAGAUUAUUGCGAUAAUUAUGAAAAAAAAAAAAAUGGCCUUGUCACGUAAAAAACAAACACACGAAAACGUUGGAUGCGUAGAAAUGUUUUGUUUCUAAACAAAAAUACAGUUACAGUUUUUUCGGGGAGGUGUGUGGGUGUGACAGAAGGGGGCGGGGCAUGUCACGUCAUAAUGGAGUCAUGAAUAUUGCCUCGUUCGCAGUGUUAAAUAGAAUAAAUAAAUGCGUAAACGUUUGCAUUCGUGAUCGGGUUUCAUCGUAAACCGCCGAAAACUAAAGUGAGUCUAGAUUAAAUCUGGAUGCUGAGGAGUCGCAGAACCACAGUGUGUGAAUGGAUGAAUGGAUGAAUG